AUGGACACCGAGCGGCUCGACACGCAGACUACCACUACGUUCUACCUGGACAUGCAGACUACGAUUACGUUCUACCUGGACAUGCAGACUACGAUUACGUUCUACCUGGACAUGCAGACUACGAUUACGUUCUACGUGGACAUGCAGAGGUGCCGUGCACGGGCGCGACGUGCCUCGGCCACUACGAUUACGUUCUACCUGGACAUGCAGACUUCCACUACGUUCUACCGGGACAGGCAUUGCUUCAUCGGGAUUCGCCGGCAGCGUGCUGAGCUUGUGCGGGGCAAGUUGAAGGGUUUCGGCCCUCUCUUGCGGAUGGCUUGGUGUGUUGCUGUGCGAUUCAACGGUUGA